AUGGUGCAACCCUCGGCGACGUUCAGCCUACUCGUCAUCUUCAGCCUCAUCGCAUCAAUCACAGCGGAGUGCACAGGCCACACACCAGCAUUCCCAUCUCCAGACUACGGGCAGAAGAGCUUUGAAUUACUAGAAGCAUUCAACGGCAUUUCGAACGCAUUGACCGUCUUGACUGCUGAUCAAGACUACAAUGCAUCGUCCUACUCAAUCGAGAUAACAUCGGCAGACUCAACACUGUGGACGACGUACCACACAGCAGAGGCAAAGAACGACUCACGGCCCGGGGCCGCUGAAGUCAACGGGCAAAGCACAUACCGCAUCGCUAGUAUCACCAAGAGCUUUACCGUGCUAGGGCUCCUCUACCAGGAUGCCGCUGGCAACCUCAGCCUCGAAGACACCAUCGGCACAUAUGUGUCCGAACUCGUCAGGGGCCACCAGCAAGGGUCCAUCCCCUGGAAGGACAUUACUCUGCGAACACUCGCAAGUCAGCUGAGUGGCAUCCCUCGGGACUUCGCACAAGGGGACAUGUUCAACGAUUUCCAAGACCCCAUCCAGUACGGCUUCCCGCCCGUCUCAUACACAGAUCUCCCGCUAUGCGACUCAUUCACGAAUUACACGCACCCAUGCACAGGCAAAGACCUCAUCAACUGGCUCCGCUCCGCGACCGGCACACCGGUAUUCGCACCGAACCAAAGAUCCACAUACUCCAAUAUCGCCUUCGAACUCCUCGGCCUCGUCCUCGCGAAUGUCACGGGACUCAGCUACGAAGAAUACAUCCAAACAGCAAUCCUAGAGCCCCUGAACAUGAUAGGAACCUCAUUCCUGAAACCAGCAGACAGCGUAGCUGUCCUGCCCAAAGGUGAGCAAUGGUACUGGGAUGUUGACGAAGGAGUCCAAAACCCAACGGGGGGUCUUUUCGCCACAUCAAGCGACAUGUCGAGUUUCCUACGCUAUAUCCUCACACACUUCAACGGCAUAACGCCAGCACUGAACUGGUUCCAGCCCGCCUCGUUUGCGGAAGGCGUGCACUCCUUCUACGGAGCGCCGUGGGAGAUUUUCCGGACCGACAAAAUCCUAACUCAACCAUCCUCUCGCCGCCCAGUGACCUUCAUCACGAAAGGCGGCGGCCUACCAGGCUACUCGACCAACAUCCUCCUGGUGCCCGAAUACUCGCUUGGCAUCACAAUCCUCACAGCAGGAAACCCCCGACUCCUCUCAAAAGUCCGCGAGAUCGUGACCACCAAGCUCAUCAACGCUGCAGACAAAUUCGCGGAGCGACAGGCCUGUGCCCGCUAUGCCGGGACCUACUCCGCGCCGCACAUCAACAGCACGCUCGAGAUCACCCUCUCGCCGUACCGGGGCCUCUAUGUCUCCCACUUCCUGUCCAACGGCACGGACACGCUGUCGCUGUUCCUCGACCAAGUCCGCGAGCGGUACAGCGAAGAUAUCACGCUGCAGCUGAUCCCGACACUGCUGUACCGCGACGAGGAGCAGAAGCGGGGCGAGCUGUUCCGCGCCGUCUUCGACUUCCCCCCCAAACCCCAGGGCUCGUCGGGUGUGUGGGAUGACUUCUGUACUACUGAUGUCAGCCCGCUCAUGUAUGCUGGAAAAUCUGUUGGCGAAGUCGUCUUCUGGGAUACAGACUCCUCGGGGCAAAGGUAUGACAGGGUCGAGCUGUCGGCUUUCAGGGUGUCGCUUGACCGUGUACUAGAUGAGAGAGACAAGGAUGGCGGGCUGGCCGAACCAUUGCUUGUUCAGGGGCUUUAA